AUGGGUGCUCAGGGGUUCCUCUGCUCGUGCCCUCAUAAGUUCCAGGUGCGGCUCCCUCUCCCGUACAUCGUACGUGAGUCGACUAGAACAGCGGGAUAUGCGAUUAGCGAUGGGCGCCCAGUGGUUCCUCUGCUCGUGCCCUCACAAGUUCCAGAUGAGCCGUCAGGAGAGAAAACAGGGGGCAUGAGAAAGGGUUUCUCUGCUCGUGCCCACAUCAGUUCCAGGAGGAAUGUUCGGCACCCCUCUUGCCCCUCCCUCCCCAUCUUCUCCCCCUCCCCUCCCACCCCCCUCCUCUCUCCCCUCUCCCCCGCUCGCCCUUUCCCCUCUCUCCUCCACCCCUUCUCUACUCCUGCUCCAACCGCAGGGCUCCAAGUGUCAGACGCCUGUGUGGUGGCCUGCAGCACGGGGCUCUGGUGCGAUGACGGAGGCAUGUGCGUGUUUUUGGGUCCCGAGAAUAUAAACUUUUUUUUUAAAUCCCCACCAACUCUGCCUCUGCUCACACCUCAGGGCUCCAAGUGUCAGACGCCUGUGGUGGCCUGCAGCACGGGGCUUUGGUGCGCCAACGGAGGCAUGUGUGUGUUCUCAGAGGAGGCCAACGCCACCAUCUGCAAGUGCCCUUCCACGCACACUGGCGCCAGCUGUCAGACGCUGGUGGAAGCUCAAGAUUUCGGUCCAUCGGAGCAGCUGCGGACCAACUUCACGUCGCCCCUCAUCAUCCCAUCCAACUCCACGCUCGACUUGAUAGUCGACGAGCGAGACAAGUACUUUCACACCUUCUUCGCCCUCCUUGGCGCUCUUGUCUUCGUGUGGGUGGUGUCUCUCUGCUUCGUGUACCACUCGCGCGAGCGCAGGCGCAGCAGCAGAGCGGUUGCUGUGGUCGGGAACAUCCUAUCAGGAUUAGACCAGAGCCUGCGUGGUUCCAUGCAGAACCAUUCCGGCCAGUUCGGAAUGCCGAACUCGGCCGGGCAGUUCGGGAUGCCGAACCAGGCAGGGCAGUUCGGGAUGCCGAAUCAGGCCGGACAGUUUGGGAUGCCGAACCAGGCCGCCCAGUUCGGCAUGGCGAACCAAAGCGGGCAGUUCGGAAUGGCGAGUCUUAACGGACAUUCGGGACCCGCGGAACCGGCAAGGCAUCUGGGGUUGGGGGAGCCGACGAGGCUGUCCGGUUCGCCGGAUCCCGCCAAGCAACGAGCGAUGUCCGUUCAAAUGGAAGCGUGGGGCGGCUCCGCCUCUCAAAGGUCUGCACCCCCAGUGGCGGCGCCGCCGCUGGCGGACGGGCAGCUGACGCAAGUUCCGUUAGACAACCCGGCGAGCCAGGAGCGCGCAGCCAAGGAUCAGCAGCUGCACGCCACGGAGACGAGCCUGAGGACCAAGGAGGAGGAGCUGCGGCGCAUGCAGGAGGCGGUGGAGAAGCGCGUGGCGCAGCAGGUGACGCGCGUUGAGCAGGAGGCGAAGAAGCUGGAGCAGCUGCGGAAGGAGUUGGAUACAAUAGAGGACCCGACCAAGAAGGAGGUGGCGGAUUUGAGGAAGCGGAUCGAGCUGGUGGAUCGGGAGCUGAGGCCCAUGCGGGCGCUUGUGGAGAGGAAGGAGAAGGAGCUGAAGGAUGCCACCACGGCAUACAACAACAAGAAUGCACAGAAGUCAGAGCUGGUUGGGAAACUGUUCGAGAUUGUGACAGAGAGUGAGCGGCAACGGCUGGCCAAGCUGGAGGAGAUAACCUCGCUGCUGACGCAGAUGGAACGGAAAGAAGGGGGGCAGUGA